UCAUGUUAUUAAGGCACCUGCAACGCGCUAGCAUCGCUAAUGGGCUAAGACGGCAGAAAAGAGAUAAUUCCUUUGUGGAUCUGUCCAAUGAGAGCUACUGCUAUUAUCCGCAGCAUCUUAUACACAACAUCAGUCAAAUGUGCACUUUUGUAAAAAACACAGACAGCUGUCGAUUCUAUGUGCACUUUAUAGAUCAUUUGAAGUUUCUGUUUUGCUAUUUGGGGCUGCCUUUCUACAGUGGCUAUAUAUUUAUAGUGGCGUUCUAUAUAUGCAUAUUCUUUGCACUGCUGUAUAUGAUAGUUAAGUAUUUUUUAAUGCCCAACUUUACUGCUUUGAUGAAACUGCUGCCCGUAUCGGAGUACACCUUUAGCUUUGUUUAUCUGGGCUUUUGCUUAUUCAUACCUGAUUAUUUGCAAGCGGCGCUUGCUUGCAUUGCUGACGACAACAUACACUUUAGUUUGUCGUUUUCGCAAUUGGAGGGCGAAAUUUUGCGCUUCUUUACCGUAAGCAUAUUGCCGCUUUGUAUGCUGGGAUAUCGCGUGAGUGGACUGCUGAUCUGGGCCAACUUGUUGUUCAUCUUUCUGGGCGCCGUCUACAUGUUCUGGGCGGUGAAAGUCAAAUACAAGCUAUACGGACGUGAUGAUUUACCCUAUGUAGACUCGCAUUCGUUGCGUUUGAAUGCGGUGACAUUUCUGGGCGUAUUUGUAGUUGUAAUAAUAUUUUCAUUGAUUGUUUCGUAUCAACAUGUGCGUAGACAGCAAAAAGAAGAGUUGGAAGUUGAAGAGUAUUAUAAUAAUAGCGAAGUGUCCAGCGAAGAGGACUUGGAGUAUGCAACGCCCAAGCGUAGAGAUCUCAAGCGUUGGCAAGUUUGGUGGCAUACAGUGAAUGCAUUUAGAAAUAUGAAUGAAACACAUCACUGGCUGGUUAUUGUAUUGUCACCGUUUUACUUUCUUGCUGCGCAUAUAUUGCCUGUUAUCGAUCACAGUCGUGAUAUGUCCGGCUGGUGCAAGCCCGUCGUUGCCUUUAGCUUCAUUGUGUUGCCCUUCAUCUUCAUAGGCAUUCAUCCGCCUGCUUCGGUUUUUAUGUCCAUUGUCAUUACCAGCUGGUCGCUGUGUCUUUUUAUUUUAUGUACCACGCAAACAUUGCAGGAGCCCAGCAAAUUGGGUUUGGGCAUAUUCUGCGUCAUCAGCAUGAUCAUUUGCUCCUGCGCCCUCAACACAUUGUCCACCGAAGUGGACAAUCUGAUCUAUCAGUAUUUUUGCAUGCGCUUUCAACAAAAUCCGGACGCGAUUGUGCUCACAUUAAUGUGUUCCGGUGAAAUGGUCGCCCAAGUUAUAGUGCUACAGUAUCUGGUGGAUCGUAAUAUGGUGGAUGCUGCCUAUGGCUCCGCUAUGAGCAUGAUUACCCAUACGGUAUACACAGCUGUGCCGCUGCUGGUGCUGCAAUCUUGCUAUAAGGAUAACUAUAUAUUGGUCUCUUCCAGCUCCGAAACAUGCAACGUAUUCUUUUUGCUCAUCUGCUUUGGCUCGCUCUUGCACAUUUCCAUGAGUGGCUAUGAGUUUCGCAUGUCGCUUUUCUUCUAUAUGCUAGCCAUGGAUAUGGCAUAUUUUACUUUUAUUUACUAUUUCUCACACGAUUGGCUACGUUCGUUUGGUGCUUUUAACUAUAUAUUGCCACCUUUUGAGUCCAAAAAGGUUUGGGCUUAAAUCUAAUCUUAAGCACACAAUUUACUUUAAGCCGCCUUUGCUCGAUUAAAAUAUGCGCCCCUUACUCUUAGCACUUGUUAACUCUAGUCAGGCUUGAACAAAAGCGCUUUUGUGCUUAAAUUUGGUUUGGUGCCAAGCCAACAAAAACAAAAAAUAGAAAAAAUCGAA